GAGAAUUAUGUAGUCGAGUGAAAGUCUUGUGGUCUUGUGGCUGUCACCCAAUGACAACAAUGAAUUUUUGUUUGUUUAUGGUUUAAGUGGCUAAAUAUCAAAAUACUUUGUGUUGAACAUGAAUCCUGCUAUUUUUAAAGAUUCUGAAGAUUUUAAGCUUAAAAGGAAACGUCAGAUCGAUACAUUAAAGAUUUUUAAUGACAACGUUCAAGAAAUCCAGUCUGGUGCAGAGUAUCGUGUUGAGUUUUGGUUAGAUUCUCGUCGACUGGCCAUAUUAGUACAGCUUGGCCCUGACUUUCCUCUGGAAAAGCCAAUUCUCCUUGUCUCACCAAAUGUUGGUCACGCUUGGGUGGAUCACUGUGGAAGAAUUACGGCAGCUCCUGGUCUCAUUAACUUCACACAACAUUCAGAUCUUGGCAGAGUAGUUCAUGCUAUUGUUCGAGAAUUCGAGUUGAGACCACCAGUUUGGAUUGGAUCUGAAACCUCAAGUUCUGCAGUGGAACCAAGUAUCCCAACUGAAUCUAGUGCACAGGCUCCAGUUCCAAACAUGUCUAUGUCUCAACCUACACAACAAACACCUUUACAACAGAUGAUAUUUCCAGAAUUAGCUGAAUUGAGUGUUGAAGAACUUCAAGCAUUAAUGGACAACCAGGAUCGCCGUAAUGAGUUCAUUGAACAGCUGCCUGUGUCUCAAGAACUCGAUGAUCAGCUUGAUCAACUUAUGAUAUCUAUUGAAAAUUUAGCCAAAGAAAACUUAGAAAAGGAGUCAAAGUUGAAAGAACUUCAUUCAGCUUGUGAAGAGCGAAGACACAUUUUGAAUGAAGUCCAUUCCUCCUAUGAGGAAUUGGGUGUUCAGUUCCAGUCCCUUGCAGAUUGCAGAACACCAGCAAGUAUUAGGGAAAGUCUACGGGCAGCUACACGUCAGGCUGAUGAAGAAAGUGAAAGAGUUGCUGAACAUUUUCUCUCAGGGGAAAUGAAUUUGGAUCAAUUUUUAGUAGCUUAUGUAAAUAAACGUAUGAUGAGUCAUAUACGAAAAGUUAAAGAAGAAAAACUAAGUCAACAACUACGUGAUCUCCUAAAGGCAGGAUACUGAGAUAUAUUUCUAUGUGGGGCACAACUUUUGGGAUUAUGUUUAAUUGAAACCAUAUUUUAUGAAAUUACCAAUUUUUGUUUUUAAAAGAAGAGGCAGAGGGGAUGUAUGCUUAUUAUUUAUUUGUUUUUUCUCAAAUUGUUAUGAAACCUAUUAUGUAAACAGAAUGAAUUUUCUCAAAACUCGUGUUAUGUUUUCCUUGGAAAGGACCGCUCUUGGUGUUCCCUACCUUUUGUACUAUUUUGAUAUUAUUAAUAAAACAACAACAAAACGCGCGAAGACAUAUAAUAA